CAGACUUGAACAGGGUGUUGUUUUUGGGUUAAACUUGUCUUCUGUACCCCAUUCCAGCUUUCUGAGAAUUUCACAUCAAACGAGAUCGGUGCAUGGUCGGCCGCAACCAGAUCGCCAGCAGGGUCCCUGCCCGGAUCUUGUAUUCCCGGGAGGAGCUCCUGAAGCUCCAAUGUCUGGUCACUACACCACCAGAUGUCCCGGAUGAAAUUCGUAGGAGGAGAGAGCAAGGCAGGAGAACGGAAACACGGAGAAUCAUCAGCUGUGUUUCCUUCAGUGAAGAUGUCAACCUUCACAAGGCGGAGACUGCAUGGAAGCCAUCGGUUAAGAAGAACUGGGGGGAGCAGGACCCCGAGAUGGCCGUGACCCAGGAGAUGUUCGGCAGAAUGCGCGGCAUCCUGAACAAACUGACACUUGAGAAGUUUGAGCAGUUGAUGAAGCAAGUCGCUGAGCUCUCCUUGAACACCGAGGAUCGUCUUGAGGGCAUUGGCAACAUCAUCUUUGAGAAGGCAAUUUCUGAACCCAAAUUUGCCGGCACAUAUGCCAAGAUGUGCCACUGCCUUAAGGAGAUCACUGUGCCCUGCCGUGACGAUCCAUCAAAGAACCUAAAAUUCCAUCUGCUGAUGCUUCAUCUUUGCCGCAAGGAGUUUAUCAAGUUCCAUGACAAUGCAACAACAUCUGCAGAGAACCAACAGGAUCCCAGCACGGCUGCUACGGACAACAAGAGGCAGCAUCUGAAGAAGUCAUCUGAAGAUGUCGCCCAACGCUGGCGGGCAGUGGGCAACAUGAAGUUCCUUGGGGAACUAUUCAAGCUCGACAUGGUGAAGGAUGUCAUCAUUCAUGGUUGCAUUGCCGUGUUUCUCGACACCAAGAGCCAGGAGACAUUGGAGUGCCUCUGCUGCCUGAUUACCACCACUGGCCCAGUCCUGGACUGCGAGAACAUCAAGCCCCGAAUGGAUGGGUACUUCAUUCAAAUGGAGAGUAUCCUGAAGGAGGGGAAGACCACGUCCAGAAUCCGUUUUAUGUUGCAAGAUGUGAUGGACCUGAGACAAAACAACUGGGUCUCCCGGAGGGGUGAACGGGGCCCAAAAACCAUCAGUCAGGUCCAUGAAGAAACCAACCUGGAGAACCAGCUGGAGGUUAUCACGGUCCAGAGCAAUGAAACACAGAAAAUCAUCAGCGGUGUUUCAUUCAGCAUGGACGUGAAGCUCCACAAGGUGGACAAUGCCUGGAGGCCCUCUAUUAAGAACAUCAAGGUGGAGCAGGACGCAGAGACCGCAGAGACCCAUGAGCUGUUUGGCCGAAUGCGCAGCAUCCUCAACAAGCUGACGCCAGAUAAGUUUGAGCAGCUCAUGAAGCAAGUCACUGAGCUCUCCAUGACCACCGAGGAUCGCCUUGAGGGCAUUGGUAGCAUGAUAUUUGAGAAAGCCAUUUGCGAGCUGAAAUUCACCAGCACCUAUGCAAAGAUGUGCCAGUGCCUUAAGGAGCUCACUGUCCCCUGCAAUGAUGAUCCGGCAGUCAACCUGAAUUUCCGGUUGCUGAUGCUCCAUCUCUGUCGGAAGGAGUUUUUUAAGGUUAAUGGAGACGGCAAGAUGCUGGAGAAGGAAUGGCAGAACCUGAAUGCUACUGACAUGGAGGAAGGGAGGCAGCAUUUGAAGGAGGAGCUUGGCACCAAAGUCAUCGCCCACCGCCAGCGGGCAGUGGGCAGCAUGAGGCUCCUUGGGGAACUGUUCAAGCUCGACAUGGUGAGGGACGUUGUCAUCCUUGGGUGCAUCGUCACCUUUCUGGACACCCAGAGCGAGGUGGCAUUGGAGUGCACUUGCUGCCUGAUCACCACCACUGGCUUGAUCCUGGACUGUGAGAACGUCAAGCCUCAAUUGGACGGGUGUUUCAGCAAGCUGAAGCAGAUCUUAAAUGAGGGGAAGACCACCUCCCGAAUCCGCUUCAUGCUAGAAGAUGUGAUGGAUCUGAGACAGAAUAACUGGGUCCCCAGGAGGGAUGAACAGGUGCCUAAAACCAUCAACCAGGUCCACCUAGAGGCCGAGCUUGAGAACCAGUUGGAAAUAAGGAAGGUUGAGGAGAGCAGGAACACCGCCCCUGUGACAACCGAUUAUGCCCCCACCAACAUCCACAAUGAAUCAGAGCCAGCUGUGCAGGAAAUUGACACCAAGCCAGCUGUGCAGGAAAUGGAGGCCGAGCCAGCUGUGGAGAUUGACACUGAGCCAGCUGUGCAGGAAAUUAACACUGAGCCAGCUGUGCAGGAGAUUGACACUGAGCCAGCUGUGCAGGAAAUUGACGUCAAGCCAGCUGUGCAGGAAAUUGACGUCGAGCCAGCUGUGCAGGAAACUGUCAUCGAGCCAGCUGUGCAGGAGAUUGACAUCGAGCCAGCUGUGCAGGAAAUUGACGUCAAGCCAGCUGUGCAGGAAACUGUCAUCGAGCCAGCUGUGCAGGAAACUGUCAUCGAGCCAGCUGUGCAGGACACCGAGCCAGCUGUGCAGGAGAUUGACAUCGAGCCAACUGUGCAGGAGAUUGACAUCGAGCCAACUGUGCAGGAAAUUAACACUGAGCCAGCUGUGCAGGAGAUUGACACUGAGCCAGCUGUGCAGGAAAUUGACGUCGAGCCAGCUGUGCAGGAAACUGUCAUCGAGCCAACUGUGCAGGAGAUUGACAUCGAGCCAACUGUGCAGGAAAUUAACACUGAGCCAGCUGUGCAGGAGAUUGACACUGAGCCAGCUGUGCAGGAAAUUGACGUCGAACCAGCUGUGCAGGAAACUGUCAUCGAGCCAGCUGUGCAGGAGAUUGACAUCGAGACAGCUGUGCAGGAAAUUGACGUCAAGCCAGCUGUGCAGGAAACUGUCAUCGAGCCAGCUGUGCAGGAGAUUGACACCGAGCCAGCUGUGCAGGAGAAUGACACCGAGCCAGCUGUGCAGGAGAUUGACAUCGAACCAGCUGUGCAGGAAACUGUCAUCGAGCCAGCUGUGCAGGAGAUUGACAUCGAGCCAGCUGUGCAGGAAACUGUCAUUGAGCCAGAUGUGCAGGACACCGAGCCAGCUGUGCAGGAGAUUGACAUCGAGCCAGCUGUGCAGGAGAAUGACACCGAGCCAGCUGUGCAGGAAACUGUCAUCGAGCCAGCUGUGCAGGACACCGAGCCAGCUGUGCAGGAAAUUGACACUGAGCCAGCUGUGCAGGAGAAUGACACCAAGCCAGCUGUGCAGGAAAUUGACACUGAGCCAGCUGUGCAGGAGAAUGACACCGAGCCAGCUGUGCAGGAGAAUGUCAUCAAGCCAGCUGUUGAGAAUGACACCAAGCCAGCUGUGGAGAAUGACACCAAGCCAGCUGUGGAGGGGAAUGACACCGAGCUAGCUGUGGAAAUUGACAUCGAGCCAGCUGUGCAGGAGAUUGUCAUCAAGCCAGCUGUGGCAAUUGACACCGAGCCAGCUGUGGAGAAUGACACCGAGCCAGCUGUGGAGAAUGACACCGAGCCAGCUGUGGAGGGGAAUGACACCGAGCCAGCUGUGGCAAUUGACACCGAGCCAGCUGUGAAAGAGGACACGGUGUCCGCUAACUUCACCACCGUGGACACCAGUCAGUCCUGUGAGAUCCCCAAGGUCCAGAACAGUGGAACACACAAAAUCAUCAGCGGUGUUUCAUUUAGCAAGGAUGUGAAGCUCCACAAGGUGGAAAACGCCUGGAGGCCUUCAAUUAAAAAAGACAAGGUUGAGCAGGACCCUGAGAAGACCGUGACUCAGGAGCUGUUUCGUCGAAUGCGCAGCAUCCUCAACAAGCUGACGCCGGAGAAGUUUGAGCAGCUGGUCAAUCAGGUGGCCGAGCUCAACAUUGACACCACGGAACGCCUCCAGGGCGUUGUCGACAUCGUUUUCGAGAAGGCCAUCUUCGAGCCCAAGUUUGCCAGCACUUAUGCCAAGAUGUGCCACCGCCUUAAGGAGCUCAAUGCCCCCCUCAACGACUGCCUGGAAGCCACUCUUAAUUUCCAUCUGGCGAUUCUGAAUCGCUGCUGGGUGGAGUUUGAUCUGGUCAAUGAGCGCGCUCUGCGACCGAAAGAGGAGCUUGAGGCUAACGUCGCCGCCAGCCACCGGCGCUCGCUCGGGAACGUGAAGUUCCUGGGCGAGCUGUUCAACCUGGAGAUGGCAGAGGAGUUCCUAAUGCACAGGUGCAUUACCACUCUGCUGGACAACCAGGGUGAGAAGGCACUUGAGUGCCUGUGCUGUCUGCUGUCCACCAUCGGCAGGAACCUGGAUUGGGAUAAAAACAAGUGCCAUAUCGAUAAGUACUUGCGUAAAAUGGAGCAGAUCCUGAAGGAGGGAAAGACCUCAUCCAGAAUCCGUUUCAUGCUGCAAGAUUUAAUGGACCUGCGACAGAAUAAAUGGGCCCCUAAGAACAGUAACCAGGGGCCCAAAACCAUCAGCCAGGUCCACAGUGAUGCCCAGCUGGAGACCCAGCAGGAGAGGUCCAAGGUGGAGCAGCAGCUCCGAGCCAAGGCGAACAACUGGGACCCCAGGUGCCGUGCUGGAGAACAGCAAUGGAGCCAUGGGGAACGCCAGGACCGCGGUAGAGGGGAACGCUGGAACCGUGGGGAACACCAAGGCCACGGUAGAGAACAGCAAUGGAACCGCGGAGAACGCCGGGACUGUGGAGGAGAGGAACGCUGGGGUCGUGUGGAACGGCAGGACCGUAGAGGCGAGGAACGCUGGAACCGUGGACAACACCAGUUCUACGGUAGAGAGCAUCAGUGGAACCGCGAAGAACGUCUGGACCGUGGAGGAGAGGGACACUGCAACCGUGGGCAACAGCAAUACUACGGUAGAGAACAGCAGUGGAACUGCGGAGAACGUCUGGACCGUGGAGGAGAGGGACACUGCAACCGUGGGCAACAGCAAUACUACGGUAGAGAACAGCAGUGGAGCCGCGGAGAACAUCUGGACCGUGGAGGAGAGGGACACUGCAACCGUGGGCAACAGCAAUACUACGGUAGAGAACAGCAGUGGAACCGUGGAGAACGCCGGGAUCGUGGAGGAGAGGAACGCUGGGGUCGUGUGGAACGACAGGACCGUAGAGGAGAGGAACGCUGGGGUCGUGUGGAACGACAGGACUGUAGAGGAGAGGAACGCUGGGGUCGUGUGGAACGACAGGACUGUGGUGGAGAGGAACGCUGGGGUCAUGUGGAACGUCAGGACCGUAGAAGAGAGGAACGCUGGGGUCAUGGGGAACGUCAGGAGCAUAGAGGAGAGGAACGCUGGGGUCGUGUGGAACGACAGGACCGUAGAGGAGAGGAACGCUGGGGUCAUGUCGAACGUCAGGACCGUAGAGGAGAGGAACGCUGGGGUCGUGGGGUGCCACACCCUGCUUGGAGCCGCGAUAGCCAACAGCUUGAGACCAAGGCAGUUCAUAGCUCCAGGUUUAGCUAUAGAGGCUGA